AUGAAUAAUUUGAAAUAGUAGGAAAAUGAAUUUAAGUUUUACAAUUAGGCUUUAGAAAAAGAUUGGGAUUGUUAUAAUGCAUUUAUGUGUAGAAGUAUCAAAACAUGUAAUUUAUAAGGUUAGUAUUAUAUGGAUGAACAAAAGAUUGAUGAUGCACUUAGAGAUUUCAAAUAAGCAAUUGAAAUCAACCCUAUAAAUAGUAUAGUCUAGUAUAAUUGA